AUGGUUGAUAAUCCAGAUAAAUUAUGUACAAUUUGUCUGCGUAAAUUUUCAUCUUUAUUAAAAUCUGAUCAAUUAAUAUGGAAAAAACAAAUUGAAGAACAAGUUGAUAGAGUUUAUCGUGAAGAAAAACAUCAAGCUAAAUUAAAUUUAACUGAACAACAAAAACGUAAACAUCAUCGUGGUGAAUCCUGUCGAAUUGAUGAAGAAUUACCAAUACAAUCAAUAAAUAAUACAUAUGAUAAAAUAAUAUUUCAUAAUCAACGAUUAUUUAUUGAAUAUUUUCUUCAUGGAUAUUGUCCAUUAAAUUCCAUAUUAUCAGAACAUCUUGUAAAUUAUUUAGUUGCACAUGAUCAAUUGAAUGAUUUUACAUUAUCAUUAUUUUCAUCAAAUACAACAUGUCUUAAAAGAUUUAUUAUUAAUGUUAAAUAUUUAAGUCGUUUACAAUGUCAUAUACUUAAUCAACAUCCAAAUAUAAUUGAAUUAGAUAUUAUAUUUACUGAUUCAAAUUCAAAUCGUACAAUUAAUAUGACAAAUGAAGGUUUUUAUCAACAUAUAUGUCCAUCAAUUUAUUCAAAAUUUGAUGAAAUUUAUACAAUAUAUGGUCCAUUUAUUUUACAUCAUUUAUAUUCACAAUUACAAACUGAAACAAGACGUAGUUCAAUAUCAAAUAAUACUCUAUUACAAACUGAAUCAAGACGUAAUUCAAUGUCAAAUAAUUCUUUAUUAUCAACAGAACCAAGACGUAAUUCAAUAUCAAAUAAUUCCCUAUUACAAAGUUUACCAAAUUCGUCAGAUGAAUUUUCACAUCAUAAAUUAUUAAAUGGAAUAUUUAAUAAUUUACAUCCAUUGACAAUUGAACGUUUAAAAAUAUUAAGUUUAUCACAUUAUAAAUUUUUUGCUGCUUCUCAUUCGACUGCUGCACGAAAAUCUUCACUUGUUGAUAUGUCACCAUUGACAAAAUGUUCGACAAUUCCAUCCUCAACAAUGUCAACACCAGUAAAUUUUAUUCCAACAAAUCUUCGUUUAUUAUUAAAAUUUACAAAUUUAACAUCAUUAAAUUUAAGUUCAACAGAUAUUAAAAAUCCAUGUAUUGAUAUAAUAAUUGAUUCAUUACAUAAUAUUGAUACAUUUGAUUUAUCAUCAUGUCGUUCAAUAAAAUUAUUUAAUUCAUUAUUAAAAUUAUCAUCUAAAUUAAAAUGGCUUAAUUUAUAUAAUUGUUGUUUUCAUAUGCAACAAAAUCCUAAUAUAUAUCAUAUAUUAUAUCAAUUAAAAUAUCUUGAAUAUUUAGAUAUAAGUAAUGAUAAUACAUUUGAUAAUAAUAAUAAUAAUAAUAAUUCAAUAAUUGAUAAUGAAAAUGAUAUAAAUAAAUUUUUACGUCAAGAUAAUUGUUUACCACGUUUAAAACAUUUUGAUAUAAGUGGACAAAAAAUAAUAUCAUCAAUAUCAUUACGUCAAUUUUUAUUAAAUCAUAAAAAUUUACAAUUUCUUGGUUUAUUUUUAACUAAUGAAAAAUAUUCACCAUCUAUAUUUGAUAUAAAUGAUUUAUGUUAUUCAAAAUAUCGUCAUUAUACAUAUGAUUUACAACAUAUACAAACUAUAUUAUUAACAGAAAAUGAUUUAAUAUUAUAUGAACCAUAUCUUAUUGAAUCAUUAACACGUUAUCGUGAUCGAUCUGGUUUUGUACAAAAAAUUCUUUAUUAUAUUUUUUUUCUAACACGUUCAUUUCAUUCAAAACAACAAAAUCUUCUUAUUGAACUUAUACUACAUAUUAUGUCAAUACAUUCAAAUUUACAAAAUGUACAAAUGGCAUCAACAGCAUGUAUUUAUAAUUUAACACGUACACCAAUAACAGAACACAUACAUAUUAAAAAUUUAUCACAAAUUGUUCAAGCAACAAUGAAUGCUAUGGCAACAUUUCCAAAUCAACAACAAUUACAAAAAAAUUGCCUAUUAACAUUAUGUAGUGAUCGAAUUUUACAUGAACCAUAUUUUAAUUUUUGUUUAUUAGCUACAUUAGUUAUGCAUAAUUUACUGAAUUAUACUGAUUUAGCUAUUAUACAACCUGGUGUAGCUAUUUUAUCUUUAUUAACAACAAGAUUAACAAUUGAUGAAUGUACAAAAUUAGGUUCAAUAAUAAAUUUAAAACGUUUAAUUCAAUUAAUUGAACAACAAAUUGAUCGUUUACAAGCAAUACAAUUAAAUCAAAAUCAACAAGCACACAAUGAACAAAAUCAACAAACAUUAACUGAUAUUGAUAUAACAUUAAAUCAUAGUCAACAAUUAACUAGUGAUGAUACAUUACGUUUUUGUUUAAGUUUAUUAUGGAAUUUAACAGAUGAAAAUGGAAUUGUUUGUGAAAAUUUUAUUAAAUCAAUGGGUUUACAAUUAUUUCAACGUCUUCUUAAUUUAUUUUCAACUGAUACAAUUGUAUUAACAAAAAUUGUUGGUUUAUUAAGUAAUAUAGCUGAAGUAUCACAUUUAAAAAUUUAUCUUUAUUCAAUUGAUAUUAUUCCAUUAAUGCAAAAAUAUUUAACUGAAGCUAUACUUGAUGUUGCUUUUUCAGCUGUUGGAAUUUUAGCACAUUUACUUUAUGAACAAAAUGAUAAUGAAAUUAAUUUAGAAUUAUGUCAACAAAUGAGAGAAACAAUUGUAUCAUGGCAAAAGCCACAUACAAAUAUGGUUACAUAUAGAUCUUUCAAACCAUUUUUACCAUUGCUUCAUUGUACUCGACUACCGGUCGUACAAUUAUGGGCAGUAUGGGCUAUUCAUCAUGUCUGUAGUACAGAUCGUGCUCGAUAUAGUCGAAUAAUUCGUGAAGAAAAAAUUUAUGACAUAAUGCAAAACUUAUAUGAUGAUCAAUUAUUAUCUGAAUAUUCAGAUCCAUUGAUACUUCAAUUAUUGAAAUCAAUUCUUCAUCUACUUAAACCAUAUCAUCCAAAUUGUCAUCGACGUUCUUCUGCUGUUGCUAGUUGA